AUGGCGACCACUUUUGUCCCGUCAAUCACAAUAACCUUCAAAUCAUCGUUCGUGUCUUUGAAGAAAAGCGCAUGUAAGCGACAAACGUCCUUUUCUUAUUUUCCAUCAAAGACACCACUGUGCAGCCAGAAAACUGCUGGUUUGGAUGAAAAGGUUGCCCCAUCAAAAAAAGGAGUUUCUACGUCAGCGUUUGGGCGCGGAACACAAUUCCCACGCCGAAUGGUUGGUCUCUACGAACUCGAAAGACAGGGAAUAGAUCUCAAGACCUUCAUAUCAAAGGACACUCGCGAUGACGCCGCCUUUGCUGCAGUGGUUGGCUUUUUUGUUCUUUCUAUUGUCGUGUUCCCUCUCAUUACCCCCGGCCCGUCACUGGAAGGUCCACUGGCCGCUAUUGCCGGUGUACUCCUGACAAUAUGGGCUGUCGACUCUCUUUCCCUAGGAGGAAUGCUUGGCCGAGCGAUGUCCCUCGCCGUGCAGAAUAGAAAGAGAGUCGCAUGUCAUGAGGCCGGACAUUUUCUUGUCGGUUUCUUGCUGGGGUUUGAUAUUGAAGGAUAUUCGUUGCCAAGCCCACGAGCAGUUCUUCAAGAAAAAAACGAAGCUCCAGGUGUUCGGUUCAGUGCAUGUGGAGCAUCGGGAGAUGCUCAUCGUGUCUCUGCAGUGGGUAUGGCUGGUAUUGCUGGCGAAGUCUUAAAGUAUGGGACGAGUGAGGGUGGUGCAGAGGAUAUGGCAGAUGUGUCAAGGGGUAUAAGGAGGUGUUAUGGAGAAACAAAGGUGAGGGAAGCUACAAUGAAAGGAAUUGUGAGGUGGGGACUUAUUGAGUCUGUGCAAUUACUCCGGGAGCAUGCUGAGGCUCACGACAAGCUCUGUGAGGCGAUGCUUGUUGGAAGCACAACCGAGGAAUGCUUCUCUCUUGUCGAAAGAUACGUUGACCAAGGCAAGCUGUUAGAAGCAAAAGCGGCAUAGGCCUGAUCGUACUCAUGGCACAUGUGUGCAUUUAUGAUUUACAACGACACGGGCUCUACCCCAACUGAACAUGGAGACAUGUUACUGUUUCUAUGUGGCAAUAUCCAGUUUUCGGUUUACGAAUUGCAUGCGACGGAAUGUGGUUUCCAUGAGUUGCUCUGGUCCGAAGCUAGAAAGGAAAUGGUGACCAGGAACUUUUAGAGCCCUGUUCCGGGAAUGCCGAUGUGGACAUUCAAACGAGAGCCAUGAAUUCUUUUAUAGAAGGAAAUGGGGGGUCAGCAACAUGAGCAUUUAAUUCGUUCCAAUGUAUUGUGGGAGUUUACCUUCAAUCUUAUAGCAGUGAAUCAGGUAUUUCUGACUGCGCACAAAUCUCUUUCGACUACUUUCAUCCUGUGUAGACCAACAGAUUACGUCUCCAAGGCAAAAGCGACCCCAAUGAUCAACCCUUCAUUUCAUAUACUGCAAAGGUGAAAAAUGCCCAACGCAAGAUCAGCACUGCUCUCAACUCAAGCAAAGGUGUGCAGACUACACGGGCAUUGCAUUCACGAAGUCUGAGACCAACUUUCAGUGUCAUAAUGUGAUACGUACGGUAUUAAAGAAAUUAAGCAACCGAAA